UUAAAAUAAUGGUUAAAUUAUUAAAUGAUGAAACCAAAUUAUUAAAGUGAGAGUGAUUGAGGAGAAAGGAAUUGAAGGAAAAAAAGAGAGAUAGAGAGAAAUGGUGAUUGAAGGAGCAACAGUAACGGCAACAAUGGUUAUAGCUCAGUUUGUGGAAGUGGGUGGUGAUACUCUAAUGAAAUCAGCCACCAAAGAUGGAAUGAGUACUUUUAUUUUCAUCUUUUACUCAAAUCUUUUGGCUCUAUUUUUCCUUAUACCAACCACCCUCUUCCACCAUAGGAAAAGAGCUCCUCCUCCAAUUCCAACAUCAAUUUUCUGUAGAAUGUUUCUUCUUAGUUGCCUAAGCACUUCAGUGCAGAUUUUAAUGAAUGCUGGAAUUAGAUAUAGCUCUCCCACAUUGUCAUCUGCUAUGAUUGACCUUGUUCCUGCUUUUACCUUCAUACUUGCUGUGAUUUCCAGGAUGGAAAUUGUAAAUAUGAAAAGGCACAGCAGCCAGGCAAAAAUUAUUGGCACAUUGGUCUCCAUUGCAGGGGCAUUAACUGUAACAUUAUAUAAAGGGAUACCAUUGAUAAGUGAUUCCUUUCCAAAUAUAGAAAUGGGAGCAAGUGGAAAUUUCUUAUCAGUGAAAUCAGAUUGGAUACUUGGUGCUUUUCUUCUUGCAAUUGCUAGCUUUUGCCUUUCAGUUUUAUUUAUUAUCGAGACAUGGACUAUCAAGGAAUAUCCGGAAGAUCUACUAGUAACAACCAUUUGUUGUAGCAUGGUGGUAAUCCUAUCAGCAAUUGUAGCUUUUAUUAAAGAGGGAAAUUCAAAAGCUUGGAUAUUAAGACAUAAUAAAGAGUUUGUAGCUGUGUGUUUUUCGGCAAUAUUUUUGUUAUCCAUGAGGAGUGUUGUAUACAAAUGGGCAUUUCGUAAGAAAGGGCCAAUAUAUGUAGCUAUGUUCAAUCCUUUAAGAGUGGUCAUUGCACUUGGCAUGGGGGUAAUAUUUUUGGGAGACAAUCUUUAUCUUGGAAGCAUGAUUGGAGCUUCUAUAAUAGUGAUUGGAUUUUAUGCUGUGAUGUGGGCACAAGCUCAAGAGGAACAUAGACCAAGUGAAAAUAAUUUGUUUCCAUCUUCUACAGACCCUUUGUUGUCAAUCAAAAGCAUACCCUAGGUAGCUAGGUUCCAUCUUUAUUAUGUAUAGCCUCUUGAAAAUUUGUAAUUGUAAUUCAUGUUCCCAAUUACGGGGUUUAUUGUUUAUAGUAUUUGACUAUUUGGUGCAAUUUUUUUGAUAAAAAAAGAAAUUAAGAAAAAAAAA